CACAAACAAACCCCCCCAUUCUAAGUAAACACUCAUCACCUUAUCGUUUCCUCUCUCUUUCCCUCACUAUAUAUAUACAUAUCAUUGUGGUGGAUAUAAAGAAAGCGACAAAGACUAGAUCUUUUUGGACGAGCCUAAUAUGGUGGGUGUAUUUUCAAGAUUUUCUGUCACUAAAGCUGCCCAUAGAAGAGCUCAAACUGCCCUUGAUGAAAGGGAAGCAUCUCCCCAUAACUGUGAGGCAGCUGGGGCUUCUGUUGUAGCAGGAGCUGACCCUACCACCACCAUCACUCAUGGUAUUGAGCUCGCGGUUGAGUUUAAGCCGAUUGAGCACCCUGUUGAGCCUCUCGACAAUGAUUCACCGAUCCAGUGUCCUUUGCCAGAACCAUCGAUACUGAAUGAUGGAAGAAUAUGGAGGGAGCGUGUUUCUGCAGUACGAGGAAGGAUUGAUUUGCCAGUUAUGCAGCAGGAAGGGGCAGCCAUAGAGCCAGAAGUUGCUGCAACGAAAUCAAAACGCCAGACUAAUCGACCUAUUCUGCCAUCAAUCAGUGCGCCAGAGCACAGUAUCCUAAAAUUGCUCGAGGAAUCUGGGAUUUAGCUGUGGUGUUGCUCCAAAACCUUGGAAGCUCUUUCAAGAACAAUGCAUAUAUAUGGUUUUCUAUACUUUUUCUUCAUUCUUAAACUGCUACUCUUGAAUGAAUGAAUAUAUGCUUGCAUAUGUUAUAUGUCAAAGUAAGCAUAAUUAUAUUAUAAAAAUAUGAUCUUUCUCCUUUCUUGCA